AUGGAUGCUGAAUUCAAUGCAACUUAUAUAACUCUUGGUGGCUAUGUAGACGUGGACAAAUAUGGAUAUAUUUACUUUGUCUCCUUUUUGACACUAUAUAUUCUCAUCCUCUGCUCUAACUGCACCAUUAUAUGUCUGAUUUGCAUUCACAGGAACCUUCAUGAGCCUAUGUACAUUUUCAUUGCUGCUUUGUCAAUCAACUCUCUUUUGUUUAGCACUGCUGUCUACCCUAAACUUUGCAUUGACGUUUUAUCUCAACAUCAGACCAUUUCUCAUUCUGCUUGUAUGUUUCAAUAUUUUCUGUAUUACUCAUUUGCAGGAUCAGACUUCUUACUGUUGUCAGCCAUGUCUUAUGACAGGUAUGUGUCUAUCUGCAAACCUCUGCAGUAUCCAACUAUCAUGGGGAAAAAAACGGUCAUAGUCCUUUUGACUUUAGCCUGGUUUCUACCUGCAAGCCAGCUUGCAGUUGGAGCUGCAAUGAAUUUAAAACAAAAAAUGUGCACGUUUACCACAGGUGGAGUAUGGUGUAACAAUUCAGUCCACAGGCUUUUUUGUGUAAAAUCAUCAUUUCUCACUGUUUAUGUUGUGUUUGUGACAAUAACUACCAGUGUUGCUCCUGUGAUUUUCAUUCUUUUUACAUACAUAAAGAUAUUUAUAAUAACUUACCACAUUAGUGUACAAUUUGGGAAAAAAGCUACAAAGACAUGUUUACCCCACCUGAUGGUUUUAUUCUGCUUCACUUGUUUUGGUUGUUUUGAUGUUAUGACCGAUCAAAUGCAGUCGGAUCUUCCAAAAAGUGUAAGUUUAGUAAUGACUUUACAGGUAAUUGUGUACAAUCCUCUGUUCAAUCCAAUCAUAUAUGGAGUGAAAAUGAAAGAAAUCUCAAAACACAUCAGAAGAUUGUUUUGUCAGGUCAAACCCGUGAAAUAA